AUGGAGAAGGAGAACCAAAGUGGCAGCCAUGGAAAGGGGUAUUUGAAGCUUUUUGGGGUGGAAAUCAGAACAAAUGUCAGUGAUGACGAAGAAAGUAUGAAGAAGAGAAUAAGCAUGGGGGGUUUGGAAUUGUCCAUUAGCCUAAAUAAUGAGAAUGAUGAUAAUGUUGGGUAUCUCUCAGACAGCCUGCUUCAGUCCAGCACCCCCGAAACUGCUCAUCAUCGUAAGAAGAAAGUGACUCAAUGGUCUAGAGAAGAACAUCAAAAUUUUUUGGUGGGAUUGAAAGAGAAGGGAAAAGGCAACUGGAAAGAAAUAGCUACCAAGUUUGUGAAAACCAGGACUACGAGCCAAGUCGCCAGCCAUGCACAGAAGUAUUAUCUUCGACGGAGGGGGCGCCAUGAAAGGAGGCGUAGACCAAGCGUCUUCGACAUGCCUUUCGAACCUGCUUCUCCUUCUCAAGCUUCUGCGUCUUCUUCAUCUUCACCAUGUCCACAACAGGAUUCUACCUCGCGUGGAUUGCCAGUGAAGAGUAACGUUGAAAACAACUAUCCCCGUAAUUUUCACGGUGUUCCAUAUAUGGUGAGAGUACUUCCCCAAAACACGGUGGGUUCACAGAGCUUUGUAGCAGAUAGAUUUACUCCAGCAGUGUCGUACGUGCCCAUGGUGAUUCUCCCCGGUCCACCCUUGGCCUACUUAAGAGCUACCCACAGAAAAUUUGCUGCUGCUGCGACUGCUAUUAAUUCACGCCCGAGGCAAUGA